UACUAACCAUCCGGUUCAAUGUGCGAAGAUUGGAUUGCAAUCGAAAGAUCGGAGUGUAAUGAACAAGCAGAGCAGAAGGAUGUUAUAUAUAGCUGGAUGUACUCUCCAUCAGGUCGCUAUGCAAUCGACUUUGAUUAUAAGGAAAUUGUACAGCAGGAGGAAGAACCAGAGACGCACUAUUUUUUGUUCCGAUUUUUUGUGCUAGACUUGAUUGAGAAGAAUUGGUGUCCUUACACGGUUAAAACGGGACCAUUCAGAAGAUUUUACUCGUUCUAUUGGCUGAGUGAUAGCCACGCAGUUUUACUAGACUUUACCAAAAGAGACAGUUCUGUUCGGCAAAACGUUUUGGUACUAGAUCAUGUGAAUAAGACAGUGACAUGCAGUUUUGCAAGAAACAUCGAAUUUGACGUCGAUUAUAUGUGCUACAGUAAGGACCUUACUGCUCAGCGGCUGAUCCACGCAAAGGGAGAGUUACUUCUCUUAUGUGGUUUUCGCAACCCAGCAGAAGGUCUAAUGUGCCGCUUAGUGCCAUAUUCUCCUCUAGUUGACUUCUUCUUGACCUCGGACACAUUCUGCAUCAAGAUCGGAAGUAUUAUCAAUUCUCUAUCUCCAGACGAGCAGCUCUGUGCUGGAGGUCAUCCAUUUGUGUAUGGAUCUAAGCUCACAUUCCUGUUGUUUAGCAGAGAUGCUUCAAAGGUUUUCCAUUACGUCAACUACACAUUACAAAUUGAUCUAGAUGCGGCAAUCAACGACGCUCAGAGGGUAAUAUCUGCAGAACAUGCGCGAUUAAACACGUUCGUUUUCUCUCAAAAUCCAAAUUGGAAGCCAAAAUUGAAUUGCAUUCCAAAUGUUUACAAUACUGCAAGAUUUGUAGCCUUAUGGGAAAGUCCUCUUCGCUCCAAGAAGUAUCGAGUGCAGAAAACUAAGAUUUAUAUUCUUGAUUUGAAGAUGAACGUUAUGAAACUUUUUUACUCGUCACUGCUUCGGAACGAUUUUGUGUGUAUUCAUCCAAAUGGCUGUAUCUUUACCUUCAUUCAAACAGUUUAUGGUAUGAAAAUGAAGAUGACACAACCGAACCUACUCGUAAAUUCGCUAAGGAGCUUAUGUCAACAAGAAAUCGUCCGUCGCGCUCACUGUUUUACUGAACUCCCAUCUCCUAUCCUGACCUUUUUGUUUAAGAACUUAUCUUAUUGACCCACUGUAAAGUAUGUAAUCAUGUUCAAUCGAUUUCUUGAUAAUUUAAGAACUACGACAACAUAUACUUGCACUACGAUUGUUGACAGAAAAGUGUCAGAAUUGUUUUGACGCACCUUUACAAUCAUAAAAAUAGUAAAAC